AUGAAAUCUGUCCUUAAAAACACAAACUUUAUAAACCCUCGAAAAACCCUAGUUCUUCCUCUUUCUGCAAAUAUCAGAGCCAAAAAGCCUCCUUCAAUACCAAAAAUUGAAACUCCCAUUUGUACAAUACAUAUAGAUACACGUAAAGCCCUCAAUUUUACAGGAAUUAAAAAAUGGAGGUGGAAACUGUAAAUAACGUGAUGUGCCAAUUCACAGACCGGGAAGGGACGGCUCUUGGAGCUCCCUUGUAUCUUCCUCAAAACGCGGGUCCACAACAGCUUCAACAGAUAGUCAAUAAGCUUCUCAACAAUGAUGAGAAAUUGCCAUAUGCUUUCUACAUAUCAGAUCAGGAGCUUCUUGUUCCACUUGAAACUUACUUGCAGAAAAAUAAAGUUUCUGUGGAGAAGGUACUUCCCAUUGUUUAUCAACCGCAAGCUGUUUUCCGAAUUCGUCCAGUUAAUCGUUGUUCGGCAACUAUUGCUGGUCAUACAGAAGCUGUACUUUCAGUUGCUUUUAGUCCUGAUGGGCGACAUUUGGCUAGUGGCUCUGGGGAUACCACUGUUCGCCUAUGGGAUCUUAAUACCCAAACACCAAUGUUUACAUGUACAGGACACAAGAAUUGGGUUCUUUGUAUUGCAUGGUCACCAGAUGGUAAGCAUCUAGUGAGUGGGAGCAAGGCUGGAGAACUUCAGUGUUGGGAUCCUCAGACAGGAAAGCCAUCAGGCAAUCCACUCAUGGGCCACAAAAAAUGGAUUACUGGCAUCUCUUGGGAACCAGUCCACUUGAAUGCUCCAUGCCGCCGAUUUGUUAGUUCUAGCAAAGACGGUGAUGCACGCAUAUGGGAUGUUUCAUUAAGGAAAUGUGUUAUUUGUCUCACUGGUCAUACACUUGCAAUAACCUGUGUGAAAUGGGGUGGAGAUGGAGUAAUUUAUACAGGCUCCCAAGAUUGUACAAUCAAAGUGUGGGAGACUUCACAGGGGAAAUUAAUUCGUGAAUUGAAGGGUCAUGGACAUUGGGUUAACUCCCUUGCUUUGAGCACUGAAUAUGUUCUUCGCACUGGAGCUUUUGAUCAUACUGGAAAAACAUAUGCUUCGCCAGAGGAAAUGAAAAAGGUUGCUCUUGAAAGGUACAACAAAAUGAAAGGCAGUGGCCCUGAGAGAUUAGUUUCAGGUUCUGAUGAUUUUACUAUGUUUCUCUGGGAACCUGCUGUUAGCAAACACCCCAAAACUCGUAUGACGGGUCAUCAACAGCUUGUAAAUCAUGUUUACUUCUCACCUGAUGGGCAAUGGGUGGCUAGUGCCUCAUUUGAUAGGUCAGUCAAGUUAUGGAAUGGUGUUACAGGAAAAUUUGUUGCUGCUUUUCGGGGACAUGUUGGGCCUGUUUAUCAAAUCAGCUGGUCAGCUGACAGUAGGCUUCUUUUAAGCGGGAGCAAAGAUUCCACGCUGAAGGUUUGGGAUAUAAGGACACAGAAGUUAAAACAAGACCUUCCAGGCCAUGCUGAUGAGGUAUAUGCUGUUGAUUGGAGUCCCGAUGGUGAGAAGGUAGCUUCUGGAGGUAAAGACAGGGUAUUGAAGUUAUGGAUGGGCUAGAUGAGCUAGCAGAGUAGCACAUUGUAGAAAUAUCAAGCGGCAUAAGAGUUGGCAGUUGCCCUGGACAGCAAAAUGAUGUGAUGAUGUCUACACACUAAGCGGUAGGCAUAACAGCAUGAUACUGCAAGAAUUGGCUUGAGGAAUGGUCACUUGGUCAGUGGACGAAACACGUCUAUUUUCAUGUGAGCACUGCAAUUUUGCUACCAUUGCUUAUGGUGUUUGUGGAUUGCAAUUUAGGAUUAUCCCACUUAUCUAUUAUCUCUAUAACCUGGAUAUAUUUUGUCUUGAAUGGGGAAAUGAAUGAAAUGGUUCAUGACUCGUUCAUUUUUCA